AUGGCAGCAACAACAUCUACAGGAACAAUAACCCAGUUGAUCAAUCCCACGCGCUCUCCACGCUCCACCCUUCGCCACUUCUCAUCAAACAAUGUCCACAUUCUUCACCACCAACCCUUCACUUCUAAACUCAUCCACAACCGUCGUUCAAAUCUCACAACCAUCAAUUGCAAUAGCAAGCUGAAUAACUCAAGUGGAGGAGGAGAACCAUAUGAGAUGGAUGGUGUUUUUGGGAGAUAUGAUGGAAUUGAAGAUGAUAGUGAUGAAGAUGAUGCAGAGAGUAGCGUUGAUUUGUUGAUUAAAUUCUUGCAGAGUAUGUUUAAGAAGAUGUCUAGAAAGGCUAAAAAGGCUUCUCGUUCUGUUUUGCCAUCAGUGUUUUCUCCUCAGCUUGUUUCUUUUGCUGUUGAUGGGACUCUGCUACUUGCUUCGCUUUCUGUUGUCAAAGCACUUCUUGAGGUUAUCUGCAACAUUGGCGGCACUGUAUUUGCUGCAAUUCUGAUCCUGCGUGUAAUAUUGGCAGCAGCUUCUCACUUCCAGUCCAGUGGGAAUAGUUUCAACCAAGGGGACAAUUCAUUUGGUGCUGUAGCCUAA